UGCGCUUUACAGACGGCAGCGUUGCCUAAUCGGAUCCCGGAAUUGGAAGGGGAGGCGGGAUUUCUGUGUCGAGGGAAGGUGUAGGCCCGUCGGUCAGCAGCGCGGUGCCGGUUGUUGCGAUGGCCGCCGCUGUUGCCGCUUCGCCGGCCGACAAGGAGAGAUUUAUCUGCAUUUAUCCAGCGUACUUAAAUAACAAGAAGACAAUAGCGGAAGGAAGAAGGAUACCUAUAGACAAAGCUGUUGAAAAUCCCACGUCUACCGAAAUCCAAGAUGUGUGUGCAGCAGUUGGAUUCAAUGUGCUGUUAGAGAAAAAUAAGAUGUAUCCUAGAGAGUGGAAUCGAGAUGUGCAGUACAGGGGCAGAGUACGGAUUCAGCUCAAACAAGAUGAUGGCAAUCCCUGUUUACCUCAGUUUCCAACACGUAAAUCGGUGAUGCUGUAUGCUGCAGAAACCAUCCCCAAACUGAAAACGAGAACUCAGAAGAUGGGAGGUAGUGAUCAAAGUCUUCAGCAAGGAGAGGGAGGCAAGAAAGGUAAAGGGAAGAAAAAGAAAUGACUCCACAUCUGAAAUAAGUGUAAUAUCGAACAGAUGUACUUACAGCAGAUAUGGAUGGACACAUUGCUUAACGCAACUUUGAGGUAAAAGUUACAGGAACAAAAUAAACUGGUCAAGACAGAUAGAACUGCCUGCUUAUUCUGGAGCUGGAAUGCAUGUAACUGCUUUGUAUCUGUGUAACAAUACGUCUGUCUUCACACACACCCUGCAGGUCUGAAGCAACAUCCAGUUUCGAAAGUGGAACAACAUCAUAAGCAAAUGGGGUGGGUGGGAGAAUCAUUUUUUCCAGAAUUAAUAUGCAGCUUUUUAAAAAAGAGAAGAAUCUUAUGCAGACUAGAUGGGAAAAGUUUUCAGGUUGGUUGAUCAUUUAUCUAUGCUGGCUGACUGACUGUCUUGACUCUGGAGUGUCCGUAUCACCAACAAAAAAUGUAAAUCGGUGAUAUUAGGACUUUGUAAACUUCCUUUCCUAAUCAUCUUCCAUGAUUGCCAGUAUACUAAUAAAGGCGGCACAAUAAUUUUAA